AUGGCAUGGAUUAUUGAGAAGUUGGUUGGUAAGGUGGCACUUGUUACUGGUGCAGCUAGUGGGAUUGGUGAGGAGGCAGUAAGAUUAUUUGCUGAGAAUGGGGCUUUUGUUGUUGUUGCUGAUGUUCAAGAUGAGUUGGGACAUCAAGUUGUUGCAUCAAUAGGCUCAGAGAAAGUUAGUUACCGUCACUGUGAUGUAAGAGAUGAAGAGCAGGUUGAAGAAACAGUGAGUUACACUUUGGAGAAAUAUGGAAGUCUGGAUAUACUGUUCAGCAAUGCCGGAAUCAUAGGCCCCUUAAGUGGCAUACUAGAUUUUGACAUUGAAGGGUUUGACAACACCAUGGCUACCAAUGUUCGUGGAGUUGCUGCCACAAUUAAGCAUGCUGCACGCGCUAUGGUGGCUAAAAAAAUCCGCGGAUCCAUUAUAUGCACCACUAGUGUUGCAGCGUUGCUUGGAGGAGCCGGUCCACACGCUUACACCAUAUCAAAGCAUGCACUUGUGGGACUGGUGAGAUCAGCUUGUUGUGAGCUUGGUGCUCAUGGUAUUAGAGUCAACUCUAUAUCUCCAUUUGGAAUUGCUACUCCACUUUCAUGUAAAGCUUACAAUCUGGAACCAAGUGAAGUUGAAGCUAAUAGUUGUGCCCUGUCCAACUUGAAGGGCAUUACUCUCAAGGCUAGACACAUUGCUGAGGCUGCUCUAUUUCUUGCUUCUGAUGACUCGGCUUACAUCAGUGGCCAUAACUUGGCUGUUGAUGGAGGCUUUACAGUGGUUAACCACAGUUUCUCUGCUUUCUAAAUUACCCAUUAGAAUUUUUUAUUUUUUAUUAUUUUUUAUGCAGCAAUAUUUUAUGGAUGGUAGCUAAUUAUUAUUAUUAUUAUUAUUCCUGUUUGUAAAAUUGAACUGUAUUUUCAUUUGAUCAAGUCAGACCUUGUUACCAGCACUACCCAUGUGACUUUUCCUUGUAAUCUGCAAUGUAACAUUUUUUUUUCUUUCUUUUCCCUGUCUUCCACUUCAUGAAUUCAUUAACCUUGUCUGCCAAUGUCUCAAGCCUACUUUCCCCUUUUUCUUCUCUAUUUUUCUUGCAUCUGUCUCAGGUUUUUGUGAAUUAUUGGAUAGUCGGGGAUAAUGUAGUACCUCAGUCGAUUAUGAAUUGAUAUUUCAGAUUAUAAAAAAUUAAAUAAUAAUGAAUGUUCAUUACCAGGACACUUUUUUCCUCCUCGGAUUAAGAAAAAAAACAAAAAAACAAAAAAAAAUUGUCCAAUUAUUAUGCAUGAAAAUGCAUAUUAUACCUUUUUAUGAAUAUUAUUAACAAGUUGCAAAUUUCUGAUCAAUA